AUGUCGAGGGGUGUAGAGAUGUGCGGUGUGUGCCAAGAUGGUGCAGCUAUUCGAUACAACUUGGUAGUUGAAGUUAAAACCAAGAAACUAACCUCCGAUCGCCUGGCCGGUGUUAAUGCAGGGGAGCAAACAACUUGGAAGUAUGGUCUGAUGAGGUGCUAUCGAAACCGUGCCAAACUCUACUCCGGCUAA